GAUGAAAAGCCCUAUCACACAACACUUUUUUUCUAUGAGCCCUAUUAUACAGAAACGAGAAACGGAAGCUCCAAGCCAAGCCUUGUUGUUAUUUCUCUAUGAUGCUGAUGCUCCAAACCGCUCCAAACAAAUGUCUGUGACUGUGAGUGAAUAACGAAAAUGAAUGAAAAGCCCUAUUGAAAUAUUAUAAAACCAAGCAUAAUAAUAUGGAUAUAAAACAAGAGGUUAAUGAGGAGACUUCUAAAACAGAAAUAUACUGUAAUACGAUGGAUGAUUCAUUAAUGGACACAUGUAAAAUUGAAAUUAAAGCGGAGGUUAAGAAAGAAAGUGUGCACGAUGCAUUUGUUUAUUCAGAUUUACAGCAAUUCCCUAUGAAGCUUGAAGUAAAACAAGAAGAAAGUAAAGUUACACCAGUUGAAGAAAUACAAACAAAUGAUAAAGAUAAAGGCUUUCUCCAAGAAGAUGACACAUUGAAAAUUAUUGAAACAUAUAACGUACAGCCGUACAAUAAAGAACAACGUAUGAGUCGACCUUCUGAAGAAAAAACAUUAAAAUGUGAAAUUUGUUUUAAGCAGUUUUCUAAAAAAGCUCAUUUAAGACAUUUGAGAUUGCACACUGGGGAAAAACCUCAUAAGUGUGAAAUUUGUUUUAAGCAAUUUAUUCAAGCAGGUCAUUUGAAAAUACAUUUGAGAGUGCACACUGGAGAAAAACCUCACAAGUGUGAAAUUUGUUUUAAGCAGUUUAGCACAUCAGGAACUUUGAAAUUGCAUUUGAGAUUGCACACUGGGGAAAGGCCUUAUAAGUGUGAAAUUUGCUUUAAGCAGUUUAAUGCAAUAUAUAACUUUAAAAGUCAUUCGAGAUUGCAUACUGGAGAAAAACCUCAUAAGUGUGAAAUUUGUUUAAAGCAAUAUAAGGAUAUAUGUAGUUUAAAAACACAUUUGAUAAGUCACACUGGGGUAAAACCCCACAAGUGUGAAAUUUGUUUUAAGCCGUUUACUACACUAAGUAAUUUGAAACAACAUUUGAAAGUGCACACUGGAGAAAAACCAUACCAGUGUGAAAUUUGUCUUAAGCAGUUUUCUCAACUACGUAGUAUGAAAAAACAUAUGAUAUUUCACACUGGAGAAGCACCUUACAAGUGUGAAAUUUGUUUUAAGCAAUUUAUUGAACCAACUCGGUUGAACGUACAUUUGAGAGUGCACACUGGGGAAAAACCUUACAAGUGUGAAAUUUGUUCUAAGCUAUUUUCCCAGCCAGGUGUUUUGAAAACACAUUUGAGAGUGCACACUGGAGAAAAACCUUACAAGUGCGAAAUUUGUUCUAAGCUAUUUUCCCAGCCAGGUGUUUUGAAAACACAUUUGAGAGUGCACACUGGAGAAACACCUUACAAGUGUGAAAUUUGUUUUAACCAGUUCAGACAUAAAACUUCUUUGGAUGCGCAUAUGAAAGUUCACACUGAAGAAACGCCUUACAAGUGUGAAAUUUGUUUUAAGCACUUUACUACAGCACAGGUUUUGAAGUUCCAUCUGAGAACACACACUGGAGAAAAACCUUACAAGUGCGAAAUUUGUUCUAAGCUAUUUUCCCAGCCAGGUGUUUUGAAAACACAUUUGAGAGUGCACACUGGAGAAACACCUUACAAGUGUGAAAUUUGUUUUAAGCAGUUCAAACGAAAGUCUGCUUUGGAUGAACAUAAGAAAGUUCACACUGGAGAAAAGCCUUACAAGUGUGAAAUUUGUUUUAAGCAGUUCAGACAUAAAACUUCUUUGAAUGUGCAUACAAAAGUUCACACUGGAGAAAAGCCUUAUAAGUGUGAAAUUUGUUUUAAGCAGUUCAAACAAAAGUUUGUUUUGGAUGAACAUAAGAAUGUUCACACUGGAGCAAAGCCUUACAAGUGUGAAAUUUGUUUUAAGCAGUUCAGACAUAAAACUUCUUUGAAUGCGCAUACAAAAUUUCACACUGGAGAAAAACCAUCUUCUUCUAAUGGCGCUACAACCCUUUGUGAGUCUUGGCCUGCUUAACAAUCAUCAUCAUCAGUAGUAGCUCGACAAUCUUUUUUGAGUCCUGGCUUGUUCUAGGAUUUUCCGUUAUUCUCUUCUGUUUCUUGCUUUGUUUUUCCAGUUGGUAAUCUUAAGUGUUUUCAGAUCUUGUUCCUUGUAUCUAAGUUUGGGUCUUCUCUUUGACCUUCUCCCUACUGGUGCCUGCCUCAUUAUAUGUUUUGGUGUUUCAGUCUCCGGCAUGGCCCAUUCAGCGCAGACGUCCGAUCUUUAUGGAUAUUAUGACGUAGGGUUCGUUGUAUGCUGCGUAUAGUUUAAAAUUAUAUCUUCUGCACCAUACGUCAUUUUCUCUCACCCCCUUAUAUAUGUGUCUAAGGAUUUUUCGUUCAAACUUACCUAAUAGGUUCCCAUCGCUUUUCGACAGUGUCCAUGUCUCUGAUCCAUAUAUAAGGACCGGUUUUUCUUGUAAUGUUGUUAGAACUUUAAUUUUUUAAUUAGUCCAUUAUGUUUGAUUAACAAUAUGUAUUCUUCUCUUAACUUCUUCACUGCCAUUGUUAUCUGCGGUAACUAGUGAACCUAGAUAUGUAAAAAUUUUCACGCUUUCGAUGUUAUAGUCUCCUAUUGUCAGAUUCUGUUCCCGUCGAGUUUUCUCGAGCGAAUAAUAUGAAACAGCAUUUGAGGUUGCACACUGCAGAAACGCCUUCCAAGUGUAAAAUUUGUUUUAAACAUUUUUCUCAGCAGGUGUUUUGAAAGCACAUUUGAGAUUGCACACUGGAGAAAAACCAUACCAUACACACUAGAGAAAAACCAUCUUCUUCUAAUGGCGCUACAACUCUUUGAAUGUCUUGGCGUGCUUAAGUACUAGUGUGAAAUAUGUUUUUAAACAGUUUGCUCAUGCAUGUUCUUUGAAAAAUCAUUUGAGAUUACACACUGAAGAAAGGACAUUUUAAUGGACGUACUGGACAAAAGACUUAAUGAAAUGGAUGUACAACAAGAAGUUAACGAUGAGCGUCAUAAAAUGAAUAAAAAUAUUUCAGUUUUAAUACAAAUGUUUACUCAAAUGACCAACAAAUUGUGUUACUUUUUAUUGUAUUCUAUAGAAAAAGUCAAACAAUAUGGAAUGCACGUAAUUUUCCACUUGUUACCAUAUUCUAAAUUAAAAAAAAUAUAGGGAAUAAUAAGAUUUUUUUGAAAUGUCAUUCCUAUUACAACCAGAAUUUUAUUGGCCAAAAUUAGUGACGAGUUUAUGUGACGUCAUUAUUAUAUUUAGUGAGAUUGUAAGUAGUAACUAAGGUCUAUCAUAAUAUUUGGGGUUAAAUAUAAUGUCAAAUUAUUGAUUUCAAAUUAUAUUUUAUUUAUUUAGUCUAUAUUUUAACGACAGUUUAUUUUUUAACCUUUCCCUUCCCUAUCACAAACCAUACAUCUUGUAUGGUAGGUUUAGUUAGGCGUUAAUUGUAAGAAAUGUUGCUGGCUAAAUGGACACAACUCCCACAGGGAAUAAAAGAAGAAUAAAAAAAAUAAACAAAAAUCAUACAUAACCUAUAGGACAAUGUCAGUUUGAUACUUAUAGUCCAGAUAUUCUUUUUCUCAUGAUCAUCUUUCAGUGCGUCACAGUUUUUCGAUUUCUCUCUAACGCAUUAAAUUGUAUGUGACAGAAAAAAAGGCACGUCUGGGAAUACUUCGGUAAUUAUUCUAGUUCGGUGAUUAUUCUAGUUGUCGAUAGAUGGCGCCAUAAUCAAAAAAGAAUUAUUUAUUAAAUAUAAUAAUAAUAUUAUCAAUAUAAUCUGUACAAUUUAUAAGACUAUACAAAUAAAAGAAAAUACCAUUUUAUAAAUGCAAUAGACACAAUUGAUUUGGUUUUAUUCCAAAUUGAAAAUAAAAUUUGACAACUGUCAGAUUUAACUAAAAUGUCACGUUAGAAUAAAUGUCAUAAAUGUGUAUUAUCACGGACUUACCUUUUUUUCUAUAAUUUGUGACGCACUGAAAAAUGUUCAUGAAAAGGAGAAUAGUUAUCUUUGUUUCACGCUCUUAAAGACAAAGAAACAGCGUAGCCGGUAGCUGCUUUGAUUAUGUUUUUAUUUGGCACCAGCGCUUUCCUGUUAAACUUAACGGUAGCGAAAAAACUAAUAGGUAUAUGAGGAAAAAUUUGUUGAAUUUGUUUGCCGUCAAGUUUGUACCAAUGGGUUAUGAUGUCAUUAAAUCCAUGACGUGCAUUCCUAAUUGUUUUACUUUUAGUUUAAUAUUACUUUUUGUUAUACAUACUUAAUAAAUAUUUUAUUUAUUGCUUG